AUGGAUGUUGAUCAGGAUGAUCCGGAUACUUUAAUGAUUGAAUCUACUCCCAUGCCUGUGCUGGACACCACUGUACAUGAAUUGACUCCAGCAGAGGAUGCACUGAAGUCUAAUGAGACUACUGCUAUGGUCCCUUCACUGGACAUUGUGACAACUGAUUCUGCUAUGGUGCCUUCACCGGAUAUUGAGAUGAGUGAUCCUGUCCUGCCUCCUCCAGCAUUACCUAAACAAAUCACUCAUCUGGACGAUCAAUGUUUGUCCAAUACUAUUACAGAUUGUCCUUCUUGUUGA